CCAAAUGAUGAAAGAAGAGAUAGGAGAAACAUUUACCAGUAUGAAGAUCCACCCUGAAGAGGAAACACAUGGAAAGUUACAACAGACCAGUAAACAGCAAGCUAUGGAGAGACACCAAACAUAA